AUAACUCCGCCCCCUCAGCUCUAGGCUCCCUAUAAAGGAUCCCUUGCUGUCACACACAGUGUCUGCUGCAUCCAGGAGUCCAGCAUGAAGCUCUCCGUCGUCUGUGCCGUCCUGUCCUGCCUCGCCUUAGCGCAGGCUGCACCCCAGGCAACUGUCAAAUGGUGUUUAAAGUCACAAGAGGAGCUUGAUAAAUGCAACAAGCUCGGAACACUAGGCUGUGUGAAGAAGUCGGGAACUCUGGAGUGCAUCAAAGCCAUUGCGAAAGGUGAAGCAGAUGCCAUCACUCUGGAUGGAGGAGAUAUCUACACAGCCGGCCUCGCACCCCAUAACCUUCACCCCAUCAUCGCAGAACAUUACGCAGGAGAGCCAUGCUACUACACUGUUGCUGUAGUAAAGAAAGGCACAAACUUUGGCUUCAAGGACCUUCGUGAGAAGAAGUCCUGUCACACUGGUUUGGGGAAAACUGCGGGCUGGAACAUCCCCAUCGGCACUCUCCUCGAACAGGGACAAAUUAAAUGGGGUGGCAUCGAUGACAAACCUCUGGAGGACGCGGUGGCAGAAUUCUUCUCAGCCAGUUGUGUGCCAGGAGCGACAAACAAGAAGCUAUGCCAGUUGUGUAAAAGAGGCUGCCAGCGCUCUCACGAGGAGCCGUAUUAUGAUUACGAUGGAGCUUUCCUGUGCCUGAAGGAAAGAGAUGCAGAUGUGGCGUUUGUGAAGCAUGUCACAGCACUUGCUGCAAAGGACCAGUACGAGCUGCUGUGUAAGGACGGCACCAGGAAGCCUGUUGAUGAGUAUAAAAACUGCCACCUGGCCCGAGUUCCUGGUCACGCUGUCAUCAGUCGCUAUGACAAAGACCUGUCCGACCGUAUCUUUGGGGUUCUUGACAAACUAAAGGACAAGGGUCUGUUCUCCUCUGAGGGCUCUGCAAAAAACGUAAUGUUCAAAGACUCAACGACGGAGCUGAAGAAGCUCCCAGAGGUGACCAACUCCUACAUGUACCUCGGAGAAGAGUACUGGAACGCCAUCCACUCACUCAGGAGAGAAAGCACAGCCAGUCCGUCGUCCGACAAGAUUAAAUGGUGCACCGUGGGUAAAGCUCAGAGCAGGAAAUGUGACGCAUGGAGCUUUGUCAACACUGACGAUGAAGGCAACAGCAGACUGGAAUGUGAAUCUGCCAGCACGGUGCAGGAUUGCAUCAAGAAGAUCUUGCUUACUCAGGCUGAUGCUAUUGCAGUUGAUGGAGGAGAAGUGUAUAUUGCUGGAAAGUGUGGUCUGGUGCCGGUCAUGGUGGAGCAGUACGAUGAACAAAAGUGUAAAUCUCCAUCAGGAGAGACCUCGUCCUAUUACGCAGUGGCUGUAGUGCGCAAGAACUCUGGCUUGACCUGGGAUACGCUGCGAGGCAAGAAGUCGUGUCACACUGGCGUGGGACGUACAGCAGGCUGGAACAUUCCCAUGGGUCUCCUCCACACAAAAUACGACGAUUGUGACUUCUCGACGUACUUCAGUGAAAGCUGUGCUCCUGGUUCAGAUCCUGAAUCAAGCCUGUGUAGAAUAUGUAAGGGAGGUGAAGCUGGCAAAGACAAAUGCAAAGCCAGCGAUGACGAGCCUUAUUAUGGCUACAGUGGAGCCUUCAGGUGUUUGGCUGAAGGUGCUGGUGACGUGGCCUUUGUUAAGCACAGCACUGUAGCGGAAAACACAGACGGUAAUGGACCAGCGUGGGCUAAAGCUUUCAAAUCAUCAGACUUCAAGCUCAUCUGUCCUGGGGGCUCUGCUGAAAUUACUGAGUAUAAGAGGUGUCAUUUAGCCAAAGUUCCAGCUCACGCCGUCGUCACUCAUAGAGGGAAACGUGAUGACGUGGUGUCGUUCCUCAAGGAUCAGCAGGAAAAGUACGGUCGUUCCGGCACAGACAAGUCGUUCGAACUGUUUACAUCUGAUGAGGAUCAAAAAUCACUCUUCAGAGAAUCCACGCAAUGUCUCCAAGAGAUUCCAGCAACACAGACCUAUGAGGAUUUCCUGGGAAAAGAAUACUUAACCUCCAUAAACUCUCUGCACAAGUGCCCGAAGAGCAAGUCCGAACUGGAGGAGUUCUGUACAUCUCGCUCUUGCCCAGGGGCAGCCGCCUAAAAUGGUCCAGUUCGUCUUGGACACGGUUUAAAAAAAACAAAACAGAUUAUAGAUUUCUCUCUCACUUGUUCUGAGUUGUUUCUGAGCUUUUUGGAAUAAAAUGCAUCAUGGUGUGAUUGCUUUUCCACUCUUUUUGCAGAAACUGUCUGAAAUAAAAAAGAAAUUACAAUCAAAA